AUGGAGUGUCAGCACCGAGCAGACGACGACGAAGAUUUUUGGAAUAGCAAUGAAAAACAUUAUUUCUGCUUCGACAAGGAAGAUCAAGAAGCUUUAAUCAAUAGACCAGAGAAUUUGAAACCUCUACUUUCUGUCAUUUCUGAAAAGACACUCUAUUGCAUUAUAGCUUUAGAUAAAAUAGAGAACAUUAAUGAAGAAUCUAACAACAUUUGCAUAGAACCAGAUAUUACUUUAAGAAAAAUAUUAAUGGGGCAGUCCUAUUCAUUGGAACCGUAUAAAUCAUUAGCUAGCAAGACUGCAUUAUUAAAUUCAGCUGUAAGAAGUGGAAAUGGAAAUGCCAUAAUAAUAAUAAUUUUGUUUUUAAAAAAAACUUUAAAGAAAUCUUUAUUUUACCGUUUACUGGCGGAAAGAACAGAAGCAGUGAAUAUAUAUAUACAUUAUCUUUCUAUUAAAUUAGAAACAAAUGAAAUAACAGAUAUUUUAUCAAUGCUAGGUCAAUCAGAAAAUUCUGCAAUGAUAAAUCUGCAUAUUAUUCUAAAGAAUAUUCAAGAUUGUGAUAAGUUACUACACAAACUUCGUAAUUGUUAUAAAACACAAUUCUUUAACUUAAUUGAUUGUAAAGAAACACAGUUUCUUAAUUCUUAUAUUGAAUUAUUAGAAUGGUGCCUAGCAGUAAAAAACACAGAUAAUGGUGAAAAAAUAGAAACAAAUUGUUCAGUUCUUGAUUUUUUACGUUAUAUAUGUAAAAAUGAUAAAUAUUCUUCACAAUCAGCUCUAAUGUUUUCUCAGCAACAUAAUGUAUCACUUGAGCAAUAUCAUAAAAUUAUAAUAAAGGUUAAAGCAUCUCUUGGAGAAUGGGAAUCCAUUGAUAAUAUAUUUUUAACUAAAGGUUGGCGUGGAAAUAUAAAGUUACAAACAUCUCUACCAGUAGAAGAUAUUAUUAAAUUGCUGUAUAAAGAACAUGCACCACUAAACGUUAUUGAAAAAUAUUUAAAAUAUGUAGACAUUAUUGAUAAACGAUUAGAGCUAGCAAAAUCUUUCAACUGUUACCGAAUAGCUAUAGAUAUUUUUGUGGAGCAAGGUGAUAAAACAGCAUUGUUGGAAUAUAAAAACAAACUUCAACCACAAUCAGAAGAGUAUUUUUAUGCUACGAAUGCUUUGCGUAUUCCUUCAGUCAAAUGGAAAAAUAACUAAUUUUUUACUAUUCUAAAUGUUAGAAUAUAAUAUAAACAAAAGUGGUUAUAGAUUGUACACAUUAGAUUUAUAUAUUUAUUUAACCGUGUCUAUAAAUUACAUGUUAAUAUGUUAAUAAAUGUUUAUUUGUUUAUAGAA